CUUCCGCUUCCGACGGUCCUGUCCGCUGUGGCGGGGUCGCUUGUUAAGGAUGGCUGCCGGAGACAGUAGGUGCGCGUUGGAUACUUACCGUUCUCCGCUUGCCUCCCGCUAUGCUAGCCCGGAGAUGUGCUUCAUGUUUAGCGACAAGAACAAGUUCCGGACGUGGCGGCAGCUCUGGCUGUGGCUGGCAGAGGCUGAGCAGGCAUUGGGUUUGGCUAUCACAGACGAACAAAUCCAAGAGAUGAAAUCCAACCUGGACAACAUAGACUUCAAGAUGGCCGCUGAAGAAGAGAAAAAAUUACGGCAUGACGUGAUGGCUCAUGUGCACACGUUUGGCCACUGCUGUCCAAAGGCUGCAGGCAUCAUUCAUCUUGGUGCCACCUCCUGCUAUGUUGGAGACAAUACAAUGAGAAAACAGUUGAAGAACCAGCCCGCAGAUACACAGCUAGAGAGGAUACAAGCCCAGGACUUGAUUAUUCUUAGAAAUGCAUUUGACCUGCUUUUGCCAAAGCUCGCUAGAGUGAUCUCUCGGCUUGCUGACUUUGCUAAGAACCACGCCAACCUGCCUACCUUAGGUUUCACACAUUACCAGCCUGCUCAGCUGACGACAGUUGGGAAACGUUGCUGUCUUUGGAUUCAAGACCUUUGCAUGGAUCUCCAAAACUUAACACGCAUUCGCAAUGACCUGCGCUUCCGGGGAGUGAAGGGUACCACUGGCACUCAGGCCAGUUUCCUGCAGCUCUUUGAAGGCGAUCAUGAUAAGGUAGAUCAGCUGGACAAGAUGGUGACAGAAAAGGCAGGAUUUAAGAGGGCUUUCAUCAUCACAGGGCAGACCUACACACGAAAGGUGGACAUCGAGGUGCUGUCUGUGCUGGCGAGCUUGGGGGCAUCGGUGCAUAAGAUUUGCACUGAUAUCCGCCUUCUGGCAAACCUCAAGGAGAUGGAAGAGCCCUUUGAAAAACAGCAGAUUGGCUCCAGUGCGAUGCCGUACAAGCGGAACCCCAUGCGCUCAGAACGAUGCUGCAGCCUUGCCCGUCACCUCAUGGGCCUUGUCAUGGACCCACUGCAGACAGCAUCUGUGCAGUGGUUUGAACGCACGCUAGAUGACAGUGCCAACCGACGUAUCUGCUUGGCUGAGGCAUUUCUUACUGCAGAUACUAUACUGAAUACGCUGCAGAACAUUUCUGAAGGAUUGGUGGUGUACCCCAAAGUCAUUGAAAGGCGCAUUCGUCAGGAGUUGCCAUUCAUGGCCACAGAGAACAUCAUCAUGGCCAUGGUCAAAGCUGGGGGUAGCCGCCAGGACUGCCAUGAGAAAAUUAGAGUGCUUUCUCAGCAGGCAGCUACUGUGGUUAAGCAGGAAGGGGGUGACAAUGACCUCAUAGAGCGAAUCCAGGGCGAUGCCUACUUCAGUCCCAUUCAUUCCCAGCUGGAGCACUUGUUGGAUCCUUCUUCCUUCACGGGCCGGGCGGUCCAGCAGGUACAGAGAUUCCUGGAAGAGGAGGUUUAUCCCCUGUUGAAACCAUAUGCAAGUGUGAUGGAAGUGAAAGUAGAGUUAAGUCUGUAGAGUCAGGAGAUUAAUAAAUGAAAAGUCAUUGAUGGUUUACUAA